GAGCCAAAUCUUCGAACAGUCUUUCCCACAGCAUAGAUGAACUUGGGAAUGAAUUCAGAAUUGACUCUAACUCUAACUAUAUGCAAUCCUCACUGCGCAUUGGAACCGCUGUGGUAGCUUGGGAAACGUCGAGCCCGCCCCUGGGCAAGGGGCGGAAUUUCCGCAUCCGAGGAUGUCACAGCUUGGAUCCCGGGGCCGCCUGUGGCUGCAGAGCCCCACCGGUGGGCCGCCCCCUAUAUUCCUGCCGUCGGAUGGCCAAGCCCUGGUCCUCGGUCGGGGACCCCUGACCCAAGUGACGGACCGGAAGUGCUCCCGAAACCAAGUGGAGCUGAUUGCAGACCCUGAAACCCGGACAGUGGCAGUGAAACAGCUGGGUGUUAACCCGUCAACUGUUGGGCUCCAGGAGUUGAAGCCAGGAUUGUCUGGCUCUCUAAGCUUGGGGGAUGUCCUUUAUCUGGUUAAUGGCCUAUAUCCCCUGACCCUGCGUUGGGAAGAGCUCAGCACACCAGGAUCCCAGCCAGAUACUCCACCGGACACUCCUGUGGAUCCGGAGGAGGGAGAGGAUACCGAGCCUCAGAAAAAGCGAGUGCGGGAAUCCUCACCUGGCUGGGAGAGCUUAAAGAAGUUACUAGUGUUCACAGCGUCUGGAGUGAAGUCCCAGGGCAAGGUGGCUGCCUUUGACCUAGAUGGGACCCUCAUCACCACCCGCUCUGGAAAGGUCUUCCCCACUAGCCCUAGUGACUGGAGGAUUCUGUACCCAGAGAUUCCAAAGAAGCUCCAGGAGCUGGAUGCUGAGGGCUACAAGCUGGUAAUCUUCACCAACCAAAUGGGCAUCGGGCGAGGCAAGCUGCCGGCAGAGGUGUUCAAGGCCAAGGUGGAAGCUAUAUUGGAGAAGCUAGGGGUCCCAUUUCAGGUGCUGGUGGCAACGCACACAGGUCUAAACCGAAAGCCAGUGAGUGGCAUGUGGGACCAUCUGCAGGAGCAGGCCAACGAGGGCAUCCCCAUCUCCGUGGAGGACAGCAUCUUCGUGGGAGAUGCAGCAGGGCGCACAGCCAACUGGGCCCCAGGGAGGAAAAAAAAGGAUUUCUCCUGUGCAGACCGCCUGUUCGCCCUUAACGUCGGCCUGCCCUUUGCCACUCCGGAAGAGUUUUUCCUUAAGUGGCCAGCAGCCCGCUUUGAGCUUCCAGCUUUCGACCCGAGGACUAUCUCCAGUGCUGGGCCCCUCUACCUCCCAGAGUCCAGCUCUCUCCUGAGCCCCAACCCCGAGGUGGUGGUCGCAGUAGGAUUCCCUGGGGCCGGCAAGUCCACUUUCAUCCAGGAGCACCUAGUGUCAGCUGGCUAUGUCCAUGUGAACAGGGACACGCUGGGCUCGUGGCAGCGCUGUGUGAGCUCAUGCCAGGCGGCACUGAGGCAGGGGAAGCAAGUCGUGAUUGACAACACCAACCCAGAUAUCCCAAGUCGGGCCAGGUACAUCCAAUGCGCCAAAGAUGCAGGUGUGCCCUGCCGCUGCUUCAACUUCUGUGCUACAAUAGAGCAGGCACGCCACAACAACAGGUUCCGUGAGAUGACCGACCCUUCGCAUGCCCCCGUGUCAGACAUGGUCAUGUUUAGCUACAGGAAGCAGUUUGAGCCGCCCACACUGGCUGAAGGCUUCCUGGAGAUCCUUCAGAUUCCAUUCCGGUUACAGGAGCAUCUGGACCCUGCACUGCAGCGACUGUACCGCCAGUUUUCCGAGGGCUGAGCCCUCAAUAAACACUGGUGCCACUCUG